AUGGCCAAACACUCUACAACAACACCUCGCAUGGCCAAACGCUUGACAACAACAGCUCACAAGGCCGAACGCUUGACAACAACACAUCACAUGUCCAAACACUUGACAACAACAGCUCACAAGGCCGAACGCUUGACAACAACACAUCACAUGUCCAAACACUCAACAACAACACCUCACGUGGUCAAACGAACGACAACAACACCUCACAUGGUCAAACACCCGACAACAACACCCCACAUGGCCAAACAGGCGACAACAACACCUCACAUGGCCAAACAGGCGACAACAACACCUCACAUGGCCAAACACUCGACAACAACACAUCACAUGACCAAACACUCUACAACAACACAUCACAUGGCCAAACACUCAACAACAACACCUCACAUGGUCAAACACUCGACAACACCUCACAUGGCCAAACACUCAACAACAACACGUCACAUUGCCAAACACUCAACAACAACACCUCACAUGGCCAAACACUCUACAACAACACCUCGCAUGGCCAAACGCUUGACAACAACACAUCACAUGUCCAAACACUUGACAACAACAGCUCUCAAGGCCGAACGCUUGACAACAACACACCACAUGUCCAAACACUCAACAACAACACCUCACGUGGUCAAACGAACGACAACAACACCUUACAUGGCCAAACGCUCAACAACACCUCACAAGGCCGAACGCUUGACAACAACACCUCACAAGGCCGAACGCUUGACAACAACACCUCACAUGGCCAAACACUCAACAACAACACCUCACAGUCCGAACGCUUGA